GUGGGUUGCUAGGCUGCGGUGGCUGGAGGACGGACAGAUCAGGCUGCGGAAAAGGCGCAACACCAUCUCGCUCCUAGCGGCUAGUUACCCUUGCCUACUAAAUUUACCAUAGUUUACUACAAGUGGCUGCCGUUUCUUCCGUUGGGCUGCGUGAUCCCUUUUCAACCAACCAACCUGUUUUGGGCGCAUGAAUCAAGCAUCACAGACGCCCCUUUGCAGCUACUAGUGCCAAAUUUACCUGCCUUUCUGAACCAGUCGCAUCUACUCGUUCACUACUUGCUCAAUCACCCCCCCACAGGAUGUCUGCAUCUCCAUCUGCAACAGCUAGCAAAGUCGAGGCGCUCAAGGCCUACGUCGCCGCAAACCCGGCCGUCAAGACCAUCAUCACGCAAUGGAUCGACCUCUGCGGUGUUGGCCGCUGCCGCACGGCGUCUGUCCAGCGCAUUGAGCAGCUGUUAGCGCAGGACGGCGGCUUCAACCAGACACCGCUUGACAUGAGCAUCCCCGCCACGGGCGGCAUCAACAACGACCUUUUCCCGCCGCCAUACUUUACGCAGCCUCGCGGUCAGAUCAAGCCUGACGUGGGAUUUAUUCAUGGGAUUGAUAGAGACGCUAACGGCCAGGUGACGACGGCGUAUGUCGCUGCAGACACGACCUGGGAGGCCGUUGUGCCGCGCGCCAAUCUGCGCAGGCUGGUCCAGGAGGCUCAGGAGAAGCACGAUCUCACAUUUCUCGUAGGCUUUGAGCUUGAGUUCUGCUUCUUCCGCCCCUCGGGCUCGGCUCCGGAAACAGACCCGUUUACGCUCGUGGGCUCUGGUCUGCCAGACAUCUACAACACAUCCUUGACGCACCGGUCCGAGGUGUGGCCGGUGCUCAAGGAGGUUAUCGAGACGUUGGCUGAUGAGGGCAUCAUUGUUGAGCAGAUGAACAAGGAGUUUGGACCUAGCAUGUACGAGACGGCCCUGCCGCCUCUGCCGCCCUUGCAGUCGGUCGACACGUACUAUUAUGCCAUGGAGCUGAUCAAGACCAUUGCACACAAGCACGGCUACGUCGUUACGUUUUACCCCACGCCCUUUAUUGAUGGCGUCGACGAGCAAAAGGUCGGGCAGCACAUUCAUCUGUCGGCUACCAAGGGCGGGGAGGACGGAAGACAGGAGGGCUCCUCGUUUAACCCGGACGAACUGCUCGGCGGCAUCAUGAGCCACCUGCUGACCCUGAUGCCGAUUGGAUUGGCUCAGGUGGACUCGUAUCAGCGAGUAGGCAUUGGCGCCAUUGCUACAGGUGGCUUGCUCGGCUGGGGCGACCAUCACCGCGACAUGCCCGUGCGCCGCAUCCACAGGAACCAUUGGGAGUUUCGCUGCCACGACGUCACGUCGAAUGCAUACGCCAUGGUUAGUGGCUUGAUUGCAGCGGCUCUGGAUGCGAAGCCGCUAACCUUUCCCAACAUUCAAGUCUUUACACCGAUGCUGAGCGAGGAGCAGCGCAAAGAACUCUCUCUUACCACGCCGCUGCCUGCUACACUCAGAGAAGCCCUUGACGGCAUUGAAAACGAUAGAGAAUGGCUAGAGAGUGCUCUGGGCAAAGACUACGUCAAGUGGUUCGUUUCCACUAAGAAGCAGGAGCUUGAGACUGCCGAGAAGAUGGAGACGGUCGCCCGCCGCAAGAUUAUGCUUCAUCAUUUUUAAAGAGCUCUUUUUAUAUAGUCUUUUCCCCUGAGUGGAAGAUGGGUAGAGUAUAGAGUAGUUGUUUAAAGCAAAACAAGCAAGCGUUGUCAUCAUACAUCAUUCACCU